UUACGUGCUGCCUUACAGGAAUUCUGUCGUUAUUCUGAUCUCGAAUCGCUUGAAAAAGAUGAGAAUCUUCAUCUAAAGCGUAAAUUCAGCAGUGAUCAUGUCUGCCGGCCACCAUACGGACCGGGAACUGGACCUGUCCAACGCCGGACGGGGCGUGUGGCUCGUCAAGGUGCCCAAGUACAUCGCGGCCCGCUGGGACAGGGCGCCGGGCAGCAUGGACGUCGGCAAAUUGCGAAUCGCCAACAGGGUGCAGGGACAGAAGUCGUCCAACGUGUCGCUGACGCUGAGCCAGGCCGUGCUGGCCAUGAAGGACGAGGACAAGCCCAAGGGCAGCCCCGACAGCGCCGAAAUCCCGCGCGACCACACGCUCGACGUGUCGACCGUCACGCACCAGGCGCUCGGCGUCUUCUCGCACCAGACGCCCUCCAAUUGCAACGACGUCGUGCCCGAGAGCGAGAAGCUGGUCUUCGAGGGUCAGAUCGUGCAGAAACUCGAGUGCAGGCCGCAGGCCAAUUCCAAGUACAUGAGCCUCAAGCUGGAGGCCAUCCGCAAGGCAGCCAUUCCCAAGAGGGUAGUCAAGCAGCUCGACAGGAUCGUGCAGAAUUAUAAACCAGUUUCCGACCAUAAGCACAAUAUCGAGUACGAGGAGCGGAAGAAGGCGGAGGGGAAGAAGGCGCGUGACGACAAGGAGGCUGUGCAGGAGAUGCUGUUCUCGGCGUUCGAGAAGCACCAGUACUACAACAUCAAGGACCUGGUCAAGAUCACGCGCCAGCCGAUCGUGUACCUGAAGGAGAUCCUCAAGGACGUGUGCGUGUACAACCUGAAAAACCCGCACAAGAACAUGUGGGAGCUGAAACCCGAGUACCGCCACUACAAGGUCGACGAAGCCGCCCCCUCCACCUCCACCUCCAACGACUGAACUUACCUUACUGACUUUUCUAAAUAAUUCUUCGUGCGCGACAGUGAGACAACUGCAAAUCGAUUCCGAUAUAUUUACAUGCAAAUUAUCGAAUAAAUAAAUUUGUCAUAACCAUAA